UCCCCCCGUGAGAACAUGGUAUCGCCCGCCCCAUCUGUUCAGCUCUUGUGAGAUUGAAGCAGAUUGUAGUGGAGAGCGAUGGCAGCUGAAACCAGCGGGCUGGAGCAAGUUUUACUCUUUAGUUAAGGAAGGCAUAUGUCUAUCAGCAGCGCGUGUUUGCGUGUUGAAGCGGUAUCUAAUGUGAGGAAACGAAGCGAAUGUGAGCACUGUUUUAACCCGUUUCUUUGGAAAAAUGUCCCGAGGAUGUACAGUUUCUGUGGAGGAGAUCCAGUCCUGGUGGGAAGUCCCCGCCAUAGCGCACUUCUGCUCUCUCUUCAGGACGGCGUUCAACUUACCAGACUUUGAAAUUGAGGAACUGGAAGCAGCGCUGCUGAGACAGGACCAAGACUUCCUCUCUGAACUGCUUUGCUGUCUUCUUCAGGGAUGCUACCAGCGGCACGACAUCACCCCUCAAGCCUUCCGCGGUUACAUGGAGGACAUAAUCAACUACCGCUGGGUACUUGAAGAAGGCAAGCCCAACCCUCUGAAAGAGAGCUCCUUCGAGGAGCUUCCUGUCCGCACGCAGGUGGAGCUCCUCCACAGGCUCUGUGAUUACCGCAUGGAUGCUGCUGACGUAUUCGACCUGCUUAAGGGUCUGGAUUCAGACAGCUUGCGUGUCGAACCUCUGGGUCAAGAUGGAUCUGGCGCCCUUUACUGGUACUUUUAUGGGACUCGAAUGUACAAGGAGGAGCCUGUCAAAAGGAAGUCUUCUGAACGCUGUGAAACCCCUGAAACAAAAGUUCCAGAGAAAAAGAGGAGAGGAAGGCCUCCAAAGAAAAAGCCAGGAGAAAUGUCACCAACUGAAAUGGAAACAAUGGAGGACAGUGAAGUUGACGAGCGACCACUGGUUAUAGAGCGAGAGCGUGGAGCCUGGUCUCUGGUGUGUGAAAGUGAGGAGCAGUGGACCAGGCUGGCCGACAGCAUUAAGGACAAGAGCUCUCCUCAGGACCGUCACCUGUACCGCAUCAUCAGUCAGAACUUCCUGCCUGAGAUCAGCAAUAUGAUCGAACACAAGGAACGAGAGCUGCAGCAGAAGCGGUUGAAUCCUCCAGUUCGAAACUCUCAGAGGCUUUCUGAGAAAUUUGUCUGCAGAGAAGAAGAUCAGAACAUCGUCUCUGAGGUGGACAUAAAGCAGAGGGAGGAGGAUCUGGACAGGCUGACUCUUCUAGCAGAGCAGCGGCGAGAAGAUGAGCGACUCCUCCAAGAGGAGCGAGAGCGGGAGGAGCUGGAGAGGGCCAAAGCCACUGAAGAACGAGCACGGAGAAGGAAACAGCGUGAGGAGAGGGCCUGGCUGCUGUCUCAGGGGAAGGACCUGCCUCCAGAACUCCUCAACCUGGAGCCACACUCACCUGUCAGACGCGCUCGCCGCACCAAGGAGUUCUACGAAAUUGAUGACGACUACGCCGCUCUAUACAAAGUUCUGGAGGCUCUGAUGUCUCACAAAGAUGCUUGGCCCUUCCUGGAACCUGUGGAUGAGUCCUACGCCCCGAACUACAAUGAGAUCAUUCAGACUCCAAUGGAUCUCUCUACAAUUGAGAAGAAGUUAAAUGAAGGAGAUUAUAUUACCAAGGAUGAAUUUGUAUCUGAUGUGAAGCUCAUGUUCGAAAACUGUCAGGAGUACAAUGGGGAUGAGAGUGAGUACACAAUAAUGGCUGAGUCACUGGAGCGCUGUUUCAGCAGAGCCCUGCUGAAACACUUCCCCUCGGAGGAUGGAGACACAGACGAGGAAUUCCACGUCACCAAGGAGGAGCGCGAACGCAAGGAGAAGAAGAGCAAAAGCAAAAGCAGUCGCCAGUCAGGACCUGAAAGCCUUAUCCGGGCGACAGAACAGGCGCAGAAACGCAAAGCCCCCAGCAGCGGCAAAGGAGGCAAGGGACCUCAGGAGAACGGCCCAGACUCUGCGCAGCCCCCUGCAUAUAACUACCCUAAUAGGCCCUCUUACCCCCAGAACGUCCACCCAGGACAGCUUCAUCCUGGGAAUCCUGGGGAUCCACGAGCUGCCAUGUACCAUCCUGACCAACAGCAGAGGCACCCUGGUCCUCCACAGUCAGGCAUGUAUGGUCAACGAAUGAUGAUGGACCCCCGAUACCCAUAUCCAGGGCAGAGACCUCUUAUGACUGGGGGACCAGGACCGCAUGGGCCACAGCAAAUACCUCAUUACAACAUGCAGGGUCCACCUGUCAAUGGCCCACAUUUUGGUCCCAGGUAUCCAAUGGGACCUGAAGGCCGACCAGUUCAGCCUCAACAUCAGCAGCACACUUACAUUGGACCCACCCAUGGCCCGUCGCUUGGACCAAGACCAGUGGCCAUGCAGCCUGGAGGCAUCUGUACUCCUCCGUCAGAGGGUAACAUGUACCCAUCCGUUCAGCACCCUGAGGGGCAACCCAUGCACACCACAGGAAAUGGCUACCCGAGACCUGGUGCCCCCAUGUACAACUCUUACUCUCCCUAUGGCCCUCCACCACGUCCAUAUAGUGCUUGGACAAACCCUCAAGGACAGCAUCCACCUGGAGGACCUAUGAUGCAGGAGCAGGCGAUGGGUAAUCAGCACCCUUACGGUCAUGGCAUGAUGCGUCCUCCACACACUGCUGGAUACCCACAUUCUAAUGGUCCAUACAGGAUGCCUGCUCCAGGACCCAUGGGCCAUAGGCCUCCCAAUACCCCUCAAGAGUCCAGGCCACAUUUGGGUUCCAUGAUGGAUAGCCCAGAGAUGAUUGCCCUGCAGCAACUCUCAGCCUCGUCCUCCCGCCACAACAUUAGGUAUCCGCCUCCACCAGUGAAUUCAUCUGCUCCUGAAAGCCAGCACUCAAGCACUGUGGAUAGCCAAGGCACUGAUCAUGUAGCAGCAAAAGGUACAGGAGUGGAAUUACUUGUUAAACAAGACAACGUACCACCUCACACUGGUCCACCUGAACAUCCUGAAAAGUCCAAUGGUGACCAACAGACCGAUAAUGCCCCAGAAUGGAGCCAAUCUCCACAAAAGGGGGUCUCUUCCUCAACUGGGGUGACUGCAUUGCUGUCCUCACCACAAAAAGAAAGGGUUGAACCAACAUCAGAGAACCAUGGACAAGUCAAUCCUCCAAUCCCCCAUUACAGCCCUAAGUCCUCACAAAAUGGGUCCCACUCAGAAUCCCACUUACAGACAUCUCAGGAUUCUUCUCCUGUGAAGAUUCCUCCACAAAAUCCAGAUAAAAUACCCGUCCAGUCCUCUCACCAGAUGCCCACAACUGCUCCUCCACCAUUCUCUCAGAAUGGACCUUCACAGUCGCCCCAAAAUAUUCUUUACCGAAUGUUGCAGAGUCCCCUUCAGCAAGGCCCUCAGGGAAUGUCCUCUCAGUACCCUUCUAAUGGCCCCCCCCACAUGUCUCCUAACACCACUCACCAGCAGAUGUCCCAGGAUGGAUCUGUACAAGGACCUCAGUCAGGGCCUGUUCAUGGCAUGCCACAGACUGUGCCUCAUGUGUCUCAGCCUGGUGCUCAGCAGCCUGCUUCCCUCAAGCCUUUGCCCCCCAGCCACCCGGUGACCCAGCCACAUGCCCAGCCCUCCCCUGCUGAACUUGCAGAUCAGAGACCAAGUGAACCAACCAGAGAGCCUGGGGGAAACUCUGGAAGCUGCAAUCCAGAUGCCAAGACUGGUCAUGCGAAUACUAACGGCCACUACAAACAGCAACCUUUUAGCCCGGAAGCACAGACUCACCACAGCAGGCCAGAGCUUCCUCCACCUAACAGUCAAUCACCAGCAAACCAUGCUCCUGGUCAUACAAGCAACACUGCAGCUCAGUACAAUGCUAUUGGUGCCAUGGGCAGUCCAGCACCACAACAUUAUGGGCAGUUUGUGGGCAGAGCAGUACCUCCCUCUGGCCGUUUACCUUACCCAGGCCAUGGACCUCCAUCUCAGUCCAUGAACCCUCAUCACAGUCCUGCACAUUACCCUCCAGAUCAGCAGCAAGGUGCUUCCUAUCAGUACCACAUGGGUCCACAGCACCCUCAGGGCCAUCCUAACAUGCAUCCUCAGUACCAGCAGCAGCAACAGCAUCAGCAACAACAACAGCAUUAUUAUCCUCAGCAGCAGCAUAACAAUCGGCAUGGUUUUCCCGCAGGUGAAUGGCCUAGGCCUCAGUACCCUCCUCGCCAUCCUAUGAUGCCCAACUCUUUCCCACCUAUGUCUGGUCCAGGUGUCAACGGUCGCCAGAGAGAGAACACUAUGUCCCCUCUAGGUUCUGAAGGCUCUGGUGGAAGUCUAAUGUCCCCCAGUCCUCAUUCUGAUGGACUCCAUGGCAGUGCCAAUGAAAGCCAGGAUGGCCGAAGCCCUGCCAAACGGGCCCACAUAGAGGAAGGCUCUGAUCGUCCUGAAAGCCCUAAAGAAAUCCUGGAUCUGGACAGCCACAAUGCCUCGGCCCGCCGUCGCACCUUUGCACAGCCCCAGCACAACUACCCCUACGAUCCCCGGACCAUGCAUCCCAGCAUGCAGCAGGGUGGCACUCCCCCACCUCAUGGAAUGACUGUUGGGAUGUACCCUUCCAGACCUCAGCGGCCCAGUGGACAUUUUCCUCCUCAGCAUCCUCACCCACACCUGAUGGAGGCAUUGCAACGACCCCAGCACCUGCCCUUCUCACCAGGCCAGAGCCGCAUGGCCAUGUACAGGCAUCCGCAAACUGCUGGCCACUUUCAGGGCAUGAUGGUGGCACAAAGGGAAAUGGCAGCUGAACAUUUAAUCAUUCCUGGGCAGAACAUGAUGAACGCAGCCGCACCCACUGGCCCUGGUAGUAAGCAGGGAGUGUAAAAGGUGUCGGGAAGAAAGCUGGUCAAAGAAGUGAUCUCCUCAAUCCUCUCGACUGGAAGACUGUUUCCCUGGUCUUUGAUACUGGGCUUUCAAACAUGACUGUGAAAAGACACAUUACUUUCCAGAGUGAAUGUCAUUUUGUCUUGUUCUUUUUUGUGUUGUGGAACUGCACUUAUGUGCUGCUUCCUCUGGAUUGUGAACACCAUCGACUCUCUCUUGGCUUUCAUCCUGAUGAGAAAGGAGCUUGAGUCCUUCCACUGACUUUGGAUCUUUUUUUUUCACACUUUGAUGGUGUGAACCCUUCCUCUGUCUAUUUUUUUCACUGGAAAUACAACUCCAAUUAAAACAGUGAAAAAGGAUCAGCAAACAAGCAAACGGAAGUUAUCAACA